CUGUAGAUAAACUGGAUACGUUGUAGGAUAAGAACGCACUUUCUAGUCAGUACUCAUACAAGUCUCUCUGCGCCAGGAUGUUGGUGGAGGCAGUGAUAAUUAUCCUUUCACUAUUUUGUCUUUACUUCGCCUUUAGGAAGCCACCGGGACUGCCUCCAGGGGUCUGGGGCCUACCCAUUCUGGGAAAGUUUCCUUCAACGUCGGUGCGAUUUGGAGACCAGGUGAAGGCAUUGCGCCCUCUCUACGGUGACCUUAUAUCGUGGCGAGUCGGUAGCCGUCUUCUGGUCUUUCUCUGCAACCAACAUUUAAUCAAACUCGCUCUCAGCAAACAAGAAUUCAUAAACAGGCCGGAUUUCUCCACCUUUUUAACCUACAGCCAAGGGAGUUUUCAAGGUGUCAUCUUUGGCAAUGGCGCCAAUUGGCAGAUUCACCGUCGCUUCGUCCUUCGUCACCUGAGGAAUCUAGGAAUGGGAAAGAACAAAGUAGAGCAUGAUAUUCAAGAAGAGGCAAUGCUUCUGGUGCAAGACUUCAAGAAUCACACAGACAAGGAUGAAACUCUGCCAGUGUCCAUUGGAUUGGCGGUGUUUAACGUAAUAUGGAAAUUGGUGGCAGGUACCCGCUUCAAAAUGGACGACCCACAAGCUCUAGAGUUCAUUCGGCUGGUGUGGUCAGUGAAUGAUACCUUUCAAGGCUCCGUGACCCUGUUCAAUUUUUUCCCAUGGCUGGAGAGUUACUCCCCGAGGUGGUUGCAGGAAAGACUGGGCCUCAAAAAACUGCAGGACACUUCAGAAGAACUAUAUAAUAUUGCAAAAAAAUAUGUGAAACAGCAUGAAGAUGAACAUGAUCCGAAUAAUGAAAGAGAUCUUAUCGACCAGUAUUUAUCGGCGAUGAAAGGAGAGGAAAAUGAAGACUCUGUACUCAGCGUGAAAGAACUUCUCGUAGUCGUGAUUGAUCUUUUUGUGGCUGGAACUGAGACCACUUCCUCCACAUUGCGGUGGGCGAUCCUAUACUUAGCCAAAUACCCGGAGAUUCAGCGACGGGUCCACCGGGAGAUUGACGAAGUGCUACCUCGAGGAACUAUACCACAAUAUCACGACAGAACAAAAUUGCCAUACUUCGAGGCAGUUCUCAGCGAAAUCAAUCGGAUCGUUUCCCUGGUGCCACUUGGUGUCCCCCACUUGGCUUCACAGGACACCCAGUUAGAGGGCUACAUCAUACCUAAGGGUGCUGUACUGUUACCCCACCUAGAAUGUUGCCACAAAGACCCUGAGUUGUGGGAGAAGCCUGACCAGUUUUAUCCCGAGCAUUUCCUAGAUGCUGAAGGAAAGUUCGUGAACAGAGAGGGUCUGAUGCCUUUUGCUGUCGGACGUCGUGUUUGUCUGGGAGAAUCGCUGGCACGAGUGGAAGUGGUAGUUUUCCUAGCAGCGUUGCUUCAAAACUUCACAUUCACAGCACCAGAGGGAGAGCCGCUUUCAACAGAAAACGACCCAAAAGAAAUUACUCUCAAUUCUCCAAAGCCCUACAGGAUCACCAUUACAGAGAGGAAGAUUGAAGCAGAGAAGUAGAUAAAUAUAAACGAAUCGCAAAGUAAUACAUUACUGAAUAACUACUAAAUGAUACUUUUCAUGGUUACGAUUAUAUCAGAAUUACGUUUUGUGAAUUUCCAAGGUACAUUCUUAUUGAUUUAAGGUGGAUAUAUUUUGGUAAACUCCCCUGUUGUGGCCACUGAAGUUGUGAAAUUACAUAUAUGGAAAUUACAUCUUCAAGACACUCAUGAGUGUCAGAGAUUCAUUUGCUUGCUACCCAUGAACUCUACCUUCGAGGACAAACUCAUUAAGUUCUGGAGUACAGCAUGGGCCUCUACAAGGUGUCGCUUUCCUGCCAACGUCUUCGCUUAAGAUUGAACGUCCAAGCCUCAAGGAGGGAGCUUGCAAUUGCAUAUCGCCCAUCAAAUUCUUGAGGAUCCAAGCCUACAAACGCUGUAGACCCAAGAUAAGAAAAAAGUAAAUUAAACUUUAUUAAAGACUGACCCAACUUUAAGAAUGAAUCGUCUUGAGGGCUGAUAAAUAUAUAAUUUGCUGUCAGUAGUGGUAAAUCUCCUCAAUUAAAUCUCUUUUCAUCUUAUUGCAUUACGAAGUACUGUGUCAAAAUAAUGUAUAAUUUAAGAAUAAUUUUAUUCAGUAAAUUGAAAAAAAAAUGCCAUUUUGAAUGUCCAAUCUUUUCCUCUACACGGACCCGAAAAAAAAAUGUAUAGAUAAAAUAAAAUAAAAUAAAUAAGUAAAGAUAAAUGUAAUAAA